AUGGCACCAAGCAAUCCCCAUGAAACACUACCUGCAGCGAGUGGCACCCGCAACACCUGUACAACUGGCACUGCUGCAACAUGUCAAGGUCCCCCGGGGAUUUUCAACUCCGUCAAUCUGAAAAAGAAUAUGGACGCGGAGACUGGCCUUAACACCACGAUUGGGUUGCAAGAUAAAGAUGCAUCCGCAAAAGAACAGGCGACAGUCAGUCCGCAAGAUUGUGGUAACUCGCUUUCGGAACGCCAGUGGACAAGAGCACAAGCAAUUGAGACAUAUAUUACAAAAGUUUGCCACGCCCUGAUGAUAUACGGUGCCCCAACGCACCGUCUGGAACGGUAUGCCCACCACACGGCACAAGCUUUAGGGCUACAGCUGCAAUCAUUUUAUAUGCCUGGCUGCAUGAUGAUCUCAUUUAGCCACCCAAAGCUCCAGCAGGGAGGGGUUCAGAUCAUCCGGUGUGUACAGCAGCUGAACUUGUCGAAGCUCUAUGAUGUGCGCUGCGUCUACAAGAACGUCAUUCAUGAAAAGACCACUGUUGAAGAUGCGUCCAUCCUUAUCGACGAAAUUGCGAACAGGCCAGAACAAUUUCCAACUUGGAUUCGAGUUUUCUCGUAUGGACUUGCAUCUGCAUUUGUUGGACCUGUUUCAUACAAUGCUCAACCGAUCGACCUGCCAAUCAUCUUUGUCCUGGGCACCUUGAUUGGCUUCUCAGAACUAGUGCUCGUACCCCGUUCUGAACUCUAUGGUUAUGUGUUUGAAAUAUUUGCUGCCAUAUUAGCCUCUUUCCUCGGUCGCGUCUUUGGGUCCCUCCAAUGGGGCCAAGGCCAAGGCUUCUGCUUUUCCGCUAUUUCUCAAGCAUCUAUUGUGAUGAUUCUACCAGGGUUCACCAUUACCAGCAGUGCGCUUGAGUUGCAGUCUAGAAACAUGGUUUCUGGAGCUGUUCGAAUGGUCUAUGGAAUUGUCUAUACCCUGUUUCUUUCUUUGGGCUUCUUGAUUGGCAUAUCUAUCUAUGGUGCCAUCGAUGAGACGGCCUCAUCAGCCACGACUUGCUCUACGACAUACGGGGUAUGGUGGCCAAUCAUAUUCGUCAUUCCUUUCACAUUCUGCUACAUCAUAGUCCAAAACGGCAAAUGGAACACAAUGCCGCCAAUGUUAGGCUUUUCCUUGGCAGGCUGGGCAGUCAAUCAUUUCUCUAGUGAAAAUUUUGGGGAUGCCCAGCCCCUUUCCCAGGCUCUGGGGGCGCUGACAGUUGGUGUUCUAGCUAAUUUGUAUGCGAGAAUAGAGCACGGUCUUGCGGCUACGCUCAUGCACCCUGCUAUCUAUGUUCAAGUUCCUGGAAGCCUGGCUGCCUCGGGCAGCCUCAUCAGUGGCCUGGCGAUUGCAGACCAGAUCACCAGGAAUGGAACCAAUAAGCUCACUCCUCAUGAGGCACUAGUGGCACAGCUUGAUGCUGGGUACACAAUGGUUUCAAUUGGCGUUGCUAUAACGGUUGGACUCUCCGUUAGUGUUCUGCUUGUCUACCCACUGCGUCAGAAGGGAAGGAGCGGCAUUUUCAGUUAUUAA